UUACUUGGUCUCUGGAUUACCGAUAUGUUCUCUUCUGCAAAGAUAUUCAAAACCCUUUUGAUACAUUGUGAAUCGUUAACAGAAUUAAGCCCGCAUCAGUUUUAUCCAAAUUUGGCUCGUGCUAUCUUUUUCUUUACUUGGUCUUGUUCAUCUAUACUUGUUAGUGAAUGUGCUAUGGAGCUGCCGGAUGUAGUCAAAGAGAAAUUAAUAGAACUGGAUGAUGAGAAUAACCAGCUGAGAGCGGAAGUAACACGGUUGCGGGCCAGUAUUGUCAACAAGGAUGAAAUAUUGAAUGAGUUAGAAGAAGAAAACGUCCAGUUACGCGCAGCAAAGCAAAAAAUCGGUGUAGACAAUGCUAAAUGCUUACAGCUAGAGCAGACCAUUGUCAGUUUGAGAGUGACGCUUGAAGAAAAGACUCGAGACUCGUAUAAUCUGAUGCAUGAAGUAGAAACGUUAACUGCUUCACUUGUCUCUGCACAAAGCGAAAUUGAUGAACUACGGAGAGCUUCCACUCCACCCUCCACAGAAGAAAGUAUCAUUGUAGAACCAUCAAAUAAGGAAGAGAUGGAACUUGCAGCAGAUAAGAAAGGGCUCCUGGCAGCGUUUCAUCUUCUUGAAAACUUCGACUAA